CUAAUGUAAGCACGUUGUUCCCUUAAGGUUUUCUUUGUGAAUUGAAAACUCCCUUUAAAUAUCAUCGUUUUUAGGUUAAUCAAAUUGGUUCGUUAAUUUAAUUUAGUUUAAUCUUUUGUUUAAUUAAUUGUUCAACUUCGGUCUAAGAUAAGGUUGACAAUAUGACAUCCAUCGGAACACUUGCCUUCGAUGAAUAUGGUCGACCUUUUUUUAUUCUCAAAGAGAAACAAAAACGUCUCACUGGACUUGAGGCUCUAAAGGCACAUAUUGUCGCAUCUCGAUCCAUCUCAACCAUCAUCCAAACAUCUCUUGGUCCAAAAGGUUUGGAUAAGAUGAUGGUUUCUUCUGAUGGUGAUGUUACCAUUACUAAUGAUGGGGCUACUAUACUUAAGAUGAUGGAUGUUGAGAAUGAAAUUGCUAAAUUGAUGGUUCAGCUUUCUCAAUCCCAAGAUGAUGAGAUUGGCGAUGGUACUACCGGUGUAGUAGUUCUCGCUGGAGCUCUCUUAGCACAAGCUGAAUUACUCCUUGAUAAAGGUCUUCAUCCUAUUCGUAUUACUGAUGGCUUUGAAAUGGCUGCUAAGUAUGCAAUAGAUCAUCUCGAUAGUAUCAAUGAUAAAUUUCCUGUUCAAUUAGAUAAUUUGGAACCUUUAAUUCAAACAGCUCAAACAACUUUAGGAUCUAAAAUUGUCAACAAAUGUUUACGGCAAUUUGCCGAAAUCGCUGUUAAUGCAGUCAUGUCUGUUGCCGAUUUGGAGAGAAAAGAUGUUGAUUUUGAAUUGAUUAAGAUGGAAGUUAAACAAGGAGGAAGACUGGAAGACACUGUUCUAAUUAAAGGUGUCAUAGUUGAUAAACAAUUCAGUCAUCCUCAAAUGCCCAAAGAGCUCAAAGAUGUUAAAUUGGCGAUUCUUACCUGUCCCUUUGAGCCCCCAAAACCAAAGACCAAACAUAAGUUGGACGUUAAAUCUGUUGAAGAUUAUAGAGCUUUAAGAAAAUAUGAGCAAGAAAAAUUCGAUGAUAUGGUAAAACGUGUUAAGGACAGUGGUGCUACUCUAGUUAUCUGUCAAUGGGGUUUCGAUGACGAAGCAAAUCAUUUACUUCUCCAAAGAGAAUUGCCUGCUAUUCGAUGGGUUGGUGGUCCUGAGAUUGAAUUGAUCGCCAUCGCAACCAAUGGCAGAAUCGUUCCUCGGUUCGAAGAACUUACCCCAGAUAAACUUGGAAGUGCUGGUUUGGUAAGAGAAUUGACCUUUGGUACUACCAAAGAUAGAAUGUUGGUCAUUGAAAAAUGUCCAAAUACCCGAGCAGUUACCAUUUUUAUUCGUGGUGGUAACAAGAUGAUUGUCGAUGAAGCCAAAAGAUCUCUUCAUGAUGCUAUUUGUGUUGUAAGAAAUCUUGUUCGUGAUAACAGGGUGGUCUAUGGUGGAGGAGCAGCCGAAAUCUCGUGCUCAUUAGCUGUCGCAGAACAAGCUAAUAAGGUUCCAACCAUUGAACAAUAUGCCCUUCGAGCUUUCUCUGAUGCCCUGGACAGUAUUCCAUUAGCUUUAGCUGAAAACAGUGGUCUAUCUGCAAUCGAUGUUGUUACAGAUCUAAAAGCUCGUCAAAAAGCUGAAAAGAAUCCAUGGUUGGGUAUUGAUUGUCUUAAUAAAGGAACUAAUGAUAUGAAAGUCCAGAACGUGAUCGAGACUCUUACCUCUAAAAAACAACAAAUCUCUUUAGCUACUCAAUUGGUGAAGAUGAUUUUGAAAAUCGACGAUGUUCGUAAACCAGACCAAAGUAUGUAAGAAGUUACUCGAACUGGUACAAUGGCCCGUGCUUAAAGCUUCGCAUCUUCGCUUUCUUUUUUUUCUUACACGAAUGGUUACUUUAUAUUUCUCACCAAGAAUCAAACCUAAUCUUAAUCCUGCUUCGGAAUAAAAUAACGAAAACACUAAUCAACUAAAUAA